AUGGCCACUCCCAGGCUUCCUUUCCUUUAUCCGAACCUCAUGCGAGCGGUCCGAUCAUGCGAACCCACGACCCACCGCUCCAUUCGCGCUCCAUACUCCAGCAACCAGCAAGCCCCCUUCCACACUGGUCGAAGAUACGCCCCAGAAACCUACCAUCGACGAUACGGACCUGCCGCAGAAGCCAACCUCCCUCCCCCUUUGAAGCCCAAAGACGGUUCCUCUGAGAAACAAGCUCCCGCAUCCCCAGGCCAGGAAACCAGCGCUCCGAAUCCUGCCGCGCAAGAACAGUCAUCGUCCAAGGAGGACAAGGCCAAAGCUCCUGAGGUCGACUCUCCCCAACCCAAAGAUAAAGCCACGAAGUCAAAACCCGCCAGUGAAGGCAGCGUGACUCCAGAGAAAGCGGAGCUGGAUUCCACGCCAAAGCCCAAAGACACUGAGGCCACGAUCUCCGACCUCCAAGACACCACCACCACCGCCUCUAGCAAAGAGGCACGCCACUCGCCCGAGGAAACACAGUUCAACCCGCACAUCCUCAAGCAGAAUCCCCUGGAGGGCGUCCUCCACAUGCCGUCCCCGUCCUCCUACCUGACAACGGGCGGCGGCGCCGUCCCUGACCCGACGAGCAACCCCCCGAACCUCUCCCCGGCGCCCUACGUGCACUACUUCGACACCUACUCGCUCGUGCGGGACCUCUCCAAAAGCGGCUUCUCCGACGAGCAAUCCAUCACGAUCAUGAAGGCCGUCCGCAGCAUCCUCCAGAGCAACCUCGACCUCGCGCGACAGAGCCUGACCUCCAAGUCCGACGUGGAGAACGAAUCCUACCUGUUCCAGGCGGCGUGUUCGGAGCUCCAAUCCUCGCUGCAGAUGGCCAGAGGCUCCGAGAUGCAACGGCAGCGCGCGUCCCGGACCCAGCUGCAGCACGAGGCGGACAUUCUCUCCCAGCGAUUGAACCAGGAACUCGCCGGGCUGAAGGACGACAUCAAGGGCAUGUUCAAUGACCACAAGAUGUCGACGCGCGAGCAGCAGCGCAACAUCGACACUUCGGUGCAGGAGCUCAACUAUAAGAUCACGGUGUCGCUGAAUAGUGAUGGCAAGAGCGAGAUCGAAGGUCUGCGGUGGAUCCUGACAAGGCGAGCGGCGAUGGCCAUCGCCACUAGUGCUUUCAUGAUCAUCCUCUUCCUCAAGUACUACUCCGUCCGCAAAAGCGAGGAGAAGAGCAAGAAGAAAGCCGACAAGCCGCCCAACGAGGCCAAGGAAAGUCGGGUCAUCACUCCGGACCCCGUCCGGAAGCCCAAGUCGACACCGGCCCCGACCAUGAUCCAUCUGGGCGAGUCUCUGGGCUAA